CGUAUAAAAUCAACGGCGCUUAAAUAAGCCGUCACUCCAUCCGCAACAAAAUCCGGGUGCCAUUAAGUUCGUGAAGACCCGUGUUUCCUAGUAACAUUAGCACGUUUCAUUGUUAUCUCUUCCUGUAAUACGAAGAAAUAAAAGAUGGACCAAUCCCAUAUCAGACGAUGGCCUCAAUAUCUAGCAGCGAUAACAGCCACCAUAUCGCUGGCAACUACCGGGUCUCACAUAGGUUGGACGUCACCCAUCUUACCGAUAUUGAAAUCACCCGAGUCCCACGUCCUGAUAACCUCCGAUGACGCCUCCUGGAUCGCGUCGUUUUAUCUCUUGGGCACCAUACCCGGCUGCAUUCUGGCGGCUUUCAUAGUCGACUGGCUGGGCCGAAAGACGAGCCUGCUGAUAGCCGGCGUGCCAUUAACCGCCGGCUGGUUUUUGAUCAUCGUCGCCUGGAAUCCGUACGUCCUGUACGUGUCGCGCUUCAUCAGCGGCAUCGGCCAAGGCGUCGUGUACGUCAUCUGUCCGAUGUACAUUGGCGAAAUCGCUGAUAAAGAAAUCAGGGGCUCUCUCGGCUCCUUCAUCAAGCUGAUGGUCACAUUCGGGGAAUUGUACGCUCACGCAGUCGGCCCGUUCGUCUCCUACGAAUGUCUCGCCUACGUCUGCUUGGUCAUCCCGCUGAUCUUCUUCCUGACCUUCGCGUGGAUGCCCGAGUCGCCGUACUUCUUACUCAUGAGAAAUCAAAACGAGAAAGCGAUGACGAACCUGCGGAAAUUGAAACGCAACGUUUCCGAGGACCAGCUGGAGGAAGAACUAGAGCAGAUGCAGAAGACGGUUAUCCGCGACCUCAGCGACCAAGGCCGCUUGUGGGACCUCUUCAGCACGCCCGGCAACAGACGCGCCGUCAUCAUCAGUUUCGGCUUGCAACUGAUUCUCCAGUUUAGCGGUAUAUGCGCGAUCGAGUCGUACACCCAGGAGAUUCUCGAGGAAGGAGAGACCAGUUUGCCCGCGAGCAUUACGGUUAUUCUCUUGAGCUUGCUUCAAUUGGUUGCAGGUGUCGGUGCGGCGGUACUGGUCGAUAAGCUCGGCAGACGACCGUUGCUUAUGAGCACCACCUUGUUAGGUGGAAUUUCGUUGACCGUUGCAGGCACAUUUUAUCUCCUCAAGACCGAGCUGGGGAUAAACAUGACCGGAUACGGCUGGAUAUUACAUGCCUCCGUGAUAUUCUACGAGCUGAUCAUCGCUCUCGGUCUGAAUCCGCUGCCCUACAUGAUGCUGGGCGAGCUGUUCCCGACGAACGUCAAGGGCGCCGCCGUGUCGUUGGCUAAUCUGGUCUCCUCCUUGCUAGCAUUUAUUGUCUCGAAGAUGUACCAAGUGAUCUCCGACUCUUGCGGGGUGUACGCGGCCUUCGGCUGGUUCUCCAUGAGCUGCUUCCUCGGCGUGUUCUUCAUCGCGUUCGUCGUCCCGGAGACUAAGGGCAAGUCGCUGCUGGAGAUUCAGGAGGAGCUCCAUUGCCAGAAGAAGAGGCAGAAGGCGAAGCAGAAGGCGAAGGACGCACAGCAGAUCCAAAUAAGUACGAUAGCUUAGGUCAAGCGCAAGUAACAUCGCGAUGCUUACGUACACGUCGACAAUUCAUGCACGAUACUUUUCAAACGAUAGAAAUAAGCGCCGCGCGUAUCUCGGAUUAUGGAACAUUCGGCAGGGAAUCUCUAAGCAUAUAAUCGUCCUUCCGAUAGGACACCGAUCGUAAAGCGGACGUGGACGAGCAAUGGUAAGAUCAAUUAUAAUAUUCGGAUAAAAUUGGAUUGUCUCGCUUUCGACUCACUGAAAUUUACGGGAGGUCACAAAAUUUGAUAAUAUCCAAAAAGAUGUAAUCUUAUACUUGGCAGGAUCCUUUUGUAUAUGGCCUCGAUUUAGAAUUCUUCUAAAGUCAACAGGAAAAUAUUCUAAUGAACGAAAAAACGUAAAAAGAAAUUUUGGUUGUAAAACGUUGUUUCCUCUAAUUCCAUAUUCUAAACGAGAACUGUUACUGAAAGAGUAUUUUUCUUCUGAUGAAAAGUAAACUAUUAGAAAUUAGAAAUUAGAAAUUUAUUAGAUAUUUUAUUCUAACACUUUUUCUUUUGGAUCAAGAGGAAUAUUAGAAAAAAAUUUCUCUUAUUAGGGUUGCAUUCCGAAACGUUCUUCUUGAGGAAACGUUUCCUGAAAAUCUGUAGUUUAUGUUAUGUAUUAUGAAUUUUCAGUAAAAUUUUCUUCAGGAAGGACGUUUUGGAAUGCACCUCGAAAAGCAAAUUUUCUUUUACUAGAAAAAAUGUCUAUUAAGAACAAGACUUGUAUUACAGAUAAAGGAUAAAGUUCUCCUAUAAUCCUAAAAAUAUUGUACUUAGAAUAUCUUCUUAGUUUUAGAAGAAUCCUUCCAAGGCCAUGUAUAAGUGGAUCCGCUGAAGAUCGUAUAUUUUUGAGCGUGCUAUUUAUAAAUUGUUGAUGGAAUUUUACAAAUCUCCCGAGAGCACUCUCUGUCAAAAGUCAGCGAUCGAUUUACGCGCGCGUUAACAUGAAAAGUUAAUAUGUUAAUUCGAAGAAAAAUUUCGAGAAUCUCUACGUUGCUAGUUGCAAAGUCUAUUUGUAUUUUGAUUAGGAUCGGCUAUUACGAAAAUAUUUUUUUCUCCACGUUUUGGUAGCAACGUGAUAAGAACGAAACAAUGAAACUCCAAUCGAGAUCUAAAUUGUAAGUAUUAGAAAUCGAAUUGCUCAGUUGAAAGUUAGAUCGUAAGAUUAUUAGUGUUUAAGAAAGGGCCCUUAUAUUCCAUUUAAGAAGGCGCUUCGAUCGAAGUAACGAGGUCGUCAAAAGAGCCAUUUCCGAUCGAGAUAUCAUCAGUGUUACGACUGAAGGAAGAACUCAUACCCCAGAUAAACAAGAUGUCAGUUCGAGUUAAGUUUAGACUGAUGCGCAAACGAGCGCCUGUCACUUGGACAAACUUAACAAUCUUAAUUAAAGAAACACAUCACUCCGAGCUACGCAGAACUAGGGAGGCAGGGAGGGGGGAGAUAACGGCGUGAAUUUAUUAAUACCGCGCUGUUCGUCAGCAUUGGUCAUGAAUGCAAAUCGAUCCUUUCGUUCGCGAGGUGUAUAGGCUUAUUCACAAAAACCAGUACAAGAAAGCGUAAAUGUCGUUAUCUGAUUAUAUCGACUUAGAGAUAAUUACACCAAUGAUGAUAACUCGAUCGGACAGAAGCUCGUUGGCGAAUUCGCGGCCGAGAAUAAUGCGAAUUUACAGUGUAUCGGUGGUUUCCGGAAAACUGUUCCAGGAGCGGCAUUCAUGCGGAAUCCAUCGUACAUCCAACGUGCGUUAGCUAGGGCACCGAUCACGGUAGAGCAAACUCGCAUGACCACCUUUUUUCCCCUUUUAGGCAGGGUUAAAUACUGAAGUUUCUGAGACUGAUAGCUUUUAAUUAAUCGUAAAGUAUUUAUUUAUUGUCUUGGGCGAGCAUCGAACAGGCGGAGAAAGAGACAUAGAGAAAGAGAUUCGACAUUGUCACCUCGCGUAUCUGUUGUGGUUUCAAGGUACUCUUGAUAUAUCCCUGAAUUUACACUGCAAGUAACCCUUACCACACGCACACAAGUGAUAUACGCCGGCUUUGUUUAUCUUUUGCGGUUUGAUACAGCAUCCUAAAGAAUGAUUAUAUGUGCAAAAAAAUUACGUCAGAAUCGAUCUCAGCAUGUAAAAUCUCUCACAUUUUAAUAACACUAUAAAAUAUUUCAAAGCAUUUUAGGAAAAAAUAUUUCGGACAAUAGUUUUUUUAUUUCAAUGGGUAAAUAAAAUGGUGAUCUCUAUUUGACUAUGAGACGCUCUACCAAGAUUUUUUCAAAGUUGAUAGAGUCUCAUGGCCAAAUACAGAGGUUAUUAUCUUACUUAUCAAACCAAGGAACUUUGAAAUAUUUUUUCCUGAAAUGCAUUACUAGUGAAAUAUUUUAUAGCGUUAUUAAAAGUGAGACAUUUCGAAAGCUGAAAUUUAUUUUAAACUAAUAUUUUUUGCAUAAAUAGUCAUCUCUUUUGGCAUAAUACCGAACCACGAAAGAUAAACAAAAUCGGUGUGUAUCUUGUGAUAAGUGUUGCUUAUGAAAAAAAUAUUUCAGAGUUUAUUUGUGGGAUAUAAAGUUUAUUUGAUAGAAAUAGUUUAUUUCACAGAAGUAAAUUUUGUUUCUCGGGAAUAAUCUUCAAAUCUUAUAAAUUUUUUAGUAUUUUUUCCGGUGCACAAUAAAGAAUAACAUUUGGAGGAAUUUCUCGCAGGAGAGAAAAGAAAGGCGGAAUCCUGUUCAAUGCGACGCCACACGGCGAUUAGGACCAUCUUUCUAAUCCCUUUAAGGCAGGGUGCAAAACAAACGUCCAACAUGAUAUAACGCUUACGAUUAAACGUUAUUGAAGAAUAGCGCGUGUGACGCGCGUACCUCAAUGAAGAUAUCGCGCACGCCUAUGGCCCUGAUGCAAGAAGGAUUUAGACGAGCACUGUGGCAUGACUAACUUAUAUUUCCCUUUCAGGCAGGGUGAGACACGAUUAUAUGUUAUAAGAAUAGCGGCGUAGAAUAUAACUGGCCCAAAUUAGAGUUAAAAGAAACAACGUUCACGCGUCGACGCGUGUUAGAAUCUUACCCCGGGUUUCCGGGCACGCGCUCUCGCAGGUGUUCGCCGAUGAUGAGUGGACGUCUGACCGACGCGAAGAAGAUCCGAUCGGUCUUAUAAUCGGCUUAAUGGCGGCUCUUCCUUCCACUCGCGUCGAAAUGUUAUUCUUGACCGACCGACGUCAUCCACCUGUUACGUAAGAGAGAAAGACAACGCGCACGUAGCUACGUUUGGCGAGCAAACAACCGAAACCGCGUGAAUCCCACUCAGCUUCAUCCACUCGCUCGAGUGACACACCGAAACAUCGGUCAUCCGCCUUUUAUUGUACGGCUACAUCACACACGCGGGAGCGCGCUAUACUUAAUAAGUUACAUCUUAACUCGAGUGUCAAGUAUGUUCACGCUAUUGCACGACUCUCUACAUGUCCCUUUGAGGCAGGGUUUAAGACUAAUCGAAUUCGCACUUCGACAUAUAGAUUUCUACAUUCGAGAUUUCUACAGUGUAGAAGUUUGCAAUAUACGUUGACAAUAAAGACUCACCAUUUUAUCUGCAA